UUUGAGUAUGUAUUCGUAUGAUGAAGGUAUUAAUGCGAACUCACCUGCCACCAGGUAGAUAUGACCUUAUAAACAAAAAUGAUCUUACUAGUCAACAAGCAUAGAAUAAGAAUCAGCAAAGUAAAAUUCAGUGCGAGUUGAUCAUUCGAGCGCGUAGCAUUUAUAUACCGUGGCGUGAUCCAGUGUAAUAAAAUUCGUUGUACCGAAAGUUGUUAUUUUAUAUUCAUUUCUGUUAAAUUAUUGAAGUGUGAAGUUGGUGAAAAAAUUGCAAUUCGACAUGAUUUUUAAGUUGAUAUCGAUUUUAGUGCUAAUUCAAACAGCAAGGUCUAAACCGCAAUUUUUGACGUUCGAGAAUGGAAAAAUAGGUGUAAACUUUGGUGGAUACCAUGCCGAAGCUGGCCUAGGAGGUUUACUAACGGGUAAUGCCGCUCAUGGAGGAUUGUCUGCAUCAGCAGGAACACCAUACGGACAAGUUGCAGGUGCAGGCCUAGGAGGGAGCCUAGACGGAAGGACGGCUGGUGGUUUGUAUGCCGGAGCGUCAGCUGGUCACGGUGUUGGUGCUAGUGCAGCGAUUGGCGGUGGUUUAGAUGCGACUGGAAUGAGUGUUGGUGGCAUCGGAGCGGAAUCACAUACCGGCAGCGUCAGUAAAAAAGUCGUUAAAGUAACGGGAACACAACCAGAGAGCAUAAAAACGGUUACAUAUGUCGAUGAGAAACCACCCAGUGUAGAUGCAACCUACAACAACGGUUUCUCAGCUUCAAGCACAUUUAACGCUCAAUCAUCAAUAAAUACUGGCGUUAACAGCCAAUCAUCUCUAGCAAGCACAUAUAAUGCACAAUCACCAUUAGGUAGCGUAGAUAGUCAGUCAACCGUGCAUACUAACGUUGAAACAGCUCCUCAACAAACCGUGCAUGUACAAAAAUUGAAAAAACGUCUACAUCACCGUCACCAUCUUUGGCCGAAUCACAACAAAGUACUAACAAUCGAAAAACGUGUUCAAGUACCACAAUACCAGACAAACACACAAUCACAAACUCAAACAAAUAUACAGACGGGAUGGGGUCAACAACCAGCUGGUUUCGAUUUUCGCAAAUUUUUCGAUUUUAACUUUUCCGGAAACACCGGUUUCGGCGGAUUCCAACCACAGCAAGCACAUACCGUAACCGUUGAGAAAACUGUACCGCAACAACCUCAAAUUGUUUACGAAGAACGUGUCGUACCCAAAGUGGUGUACGAAAAGCGCAUUGUGCCACAGGUCGUUGUUGAAAAGAAAAUUGUCCCUGAAACUGUUAUCGUACAGAAGGUGGUUCAACCUGCGUCAGCUACAACCACUUUCACUGGAGAGGUUCAAGCAGAUAAACGUGUCGAAUCCGGUUUGAAUGUACAUAAGGAAGUGAAUGUUGUGGCCAAUCCUGUUCAAACACAAGGCUCUUAUGCAAGCAGUAAUUCAAAUGUCGGAUUUUCUGGUGGUGUUGAAUCCGGUUUGAAUGUACAUAAGGAAGUAAAUGCUGUCGCCACUCCUGUUCAAACACAAGGCUCUUAUGGCGGCGGAGGUAGUUCAAAUUUCGGAUUUUCCGGUGGAUUCGACCAUCAAGCUGGUUCUAAAUUCAUCAAUGACAUAUUUAACAUUCCAAUUGCUACGUUGCAAGCAGUAAACCGUUUGGUUAGUAACAAAGUUGCAUCUGGAGGUGGAAAUAUUGAUAUCCAGAAAACCAUCACUGUAAACCAUAGUUAGACGUAGAGUAGAGUUAGUAGUAGAAAGUUCUUUUUCAAACGUUUUUACUCAUUUUGAAAUAAAAUCUCCUAAAGAAGUUGACAUGAUGG